CGCCCUGGCAGGAGCCCGCAGAGCAGCGGCGGAGGGGCCAUGCCGCGCUCCUUCCUGGUGGACUCGCUGGUGCUGCGCGAAGGGAGCGGCGGCGACAAGAAGGCGGGCUCGGUCCCGGGCAGCCCCCCGCCGCCGCCGCUCUUCCCCUACGCGGUGCACCCCUCGCACCCGCUGCACGGGCUCUCCGCCGCCUCCGGGGGCGCCUGUCCCGCCGCGCCAGGGGCCGCCUCCGCGGCGCGCAAGGCCGGCCUGCUGUGCGUGUGCCCCCUCUGCGUGGCCGCCGCCUCGUCGCAGUUGCACCCGCCGCCGCCGCCCGCCCUGCCGCUCCUCAAGGCCGCCUUCCCGCCCUUCGCCUCCCAGUACUGCCCUGCCCCGCUGACCGCCAGGACGCCCGCCGGAGCCGCCGCCGCCGGCCACCCGCCCGCCCUCUACCCGAGCGCCUACCCCCUGCCCGACCCCCGGCACUUCCACUGCAUCUCCGUCGACAGCACGUCGGGCCAGCUGCCCAGCAGCAAGCGGAUGCGCACGGCCUUCACCAGUACGCAACUGCUGGAGCUGGAGCGCGAGUUCGCCUCCAACAUGUACCUGUCGCGGCUGCGGCGCAUCGAGAUCGCCACCUACCUGAACCUGUCCGAGAAGCAGGUCAAGAUCUGGUUCCAGAACCGCCGCGUCAAGCACAAGAAGGAGGGCAAGAACGGGCCCCACCGCGCCAGAGCCUCGGCCCCGCACGGCUGCAAAUGCGCCUCCCUCUCGGCGGCCGCCAAGUGCCCCGACGACGACGACGACGACGACCUGCCCAUGUCGCCCUCUUCGUCGGGCAAGGAGGAGCGAGACCUCGCCGGCACCCCCUGAGCCGACUCCUCCGUCGAGCUUUGCCCGGGGCGGGGCCAGAAGGGCCAGCCCUCUCGCCAGGCUUUCGGGGACGGGGUGGCCCCGACGAGAGACCCGGGGGGAGAGGAGGCAGGGAGGACUCUGUAAAUACUGUGAAAAUAGUUCCGAGGGGGUGGUGGCGGAAGGGGUCCUGACCCACUCCGGACGUAGCGUUGUUCCUUGGCUGCCCGGAAAUAGGGACGCUUCCCUGUACUUGGCCAGAGGGACUUGGCGCUCGGGGUUUCUCCCGAGCAGAAGAAGACAAAGGCUGACCAGGUGAGAACCGCGGGCGCCCCAGUGCCAGGGCUUGGGGAAGGUGUCCACUUCCGCUGACCUCGAAAAGUGGAACCUGAGAAGGGGUUCCUAGAGGCCAAGUAAACAACCCUGGGGGGGAAAUAUGAGACACCUGGAGAACAGUUGGUUUACACUGUACUUUAAAAAAAAGAUAGGUGACGUCUAUUCUCCUAUCUAGCGAUGUGUGGUUGUACCGUCAGUUUCCUGUAAUGCCGGCAGAUAUUUAUUUAUUUAUUUAUGUUUUAAAAAGGGGAAGAUGAAAAUAAAGAUUUCUUUUUCAUUAAA